CAACAGACAAUGAUAAAAUUGCAAACAUGGCAAAACUUUCAAGAGAAGGUAGAUCCAAAUUUGACGGGAGGGAUCCCAUCCACGAGAUCAAGCUACCAGCGAAAAACCCAAAGAUCUUUGAAGAAGGGAGAGAUUUUUGUAGGCGGUUGCCAAACCCCUUUGCUUUGGUGGUAACUGAUGAUGGUGGUGGAGGCUGUGAUGAUGAUGAGAUCGGCAAGAGGAUGGUGAAGAUCAGAGUCAACAAGGGCUUGGGGGAGGCUAACUGGCUGUAGAAGAUUCUAGGGAUUUUUAUUUUUUCUUUUAAGAAAAGGAGAAAGGCUGAGAAAGGAGUAAAGAGAUCUUUCUUCC